UCACGCGGAUCAUAUUUGGGUGUUUAUAUGUGUCAACCUGUCGGUGGAUGAUAGUUGACGACUCGUCGUAUUCGCCCACAAGUCCUGAAUCCUAGGGCGCGGGCAGCAUAGUACGGACCAGUAUGCCAUCCAUCGACGUCGCCAUGGCGAGGAGCGUGAGGGGAGGUUUUCUGGAUCUGCUCACAGCUAGCAUGAGGCCCGUUGUAGAGUCACGAGAUGCCAUUACCGACGUCCAAGGCCACAUUACGGACGUCAAGACGGCCUUCUCGAGCUGGGACAAUUGCAUGAAUGCAAACUUUUGCAAAUGGCCGGUCAUUGCGAUCAUUGUGGUCGGCGGCUUGUUCAUCGCCUCCAUCGUGUGGUGUAUAGUGCGCUGCGCAUGUUGUGGCCUUUCCUGUUGUUGCGAAUGCUGCUACUGCCUCAAAUGCUGCGGCAGUUGCUGUGGCUGCUGCGACCCGCCGAGAGGACGAAAGAACAAAUAUCUCGACGAGCCCUACAUCCCGCCCCAUCACGACGCACACCAUGCGUACAAGCCACAAGCACCGAUGAAUGUCGGCCCAACGUUUGCCAGGACGGCCGAGCCGCCUCAGUACGCAGAAUUCGAAACGGCCAAAAAGGCCGGCGGUGUUCAUGAGGACGCCCUCCCGGAGAUGCCUAGCUGGGAGACUGCGAAUAACAAGAAGGUGCUAGUGGAGGAGGAGGCAGUGGAAUUGGAUCAAUUGAAGAAGCCCGAGGCCACUGGUGCCAGUGCAGCCAAUGGCCAGAACUUGCCCCUGAUGACAGGCGCGACGGCGACCCCAGGACCAGCGAGCCCAAUUCAUUCUCCACACCCCACGAGCCCGUACGGUCCCCCGGGCAGCCACGCACCAUCGAACGGCUACACCGCCGCGGGCGUGGCAGGUGGCGACCCGUAUGCGCAGGGAGGACAGGGAUUUGACUAUAACAAUGGUGCAUAUGACCGGCACUCGCCCUCGCUCGGUGUCGACCAAGGUUAUGGUAUGCCAGGAGGAGCUAUGGCUGUAGGAAGGCACUCACCGCGUGACUACAACAACGGCGGCGGAUAUGGGCAAGAUCGCGGCUACGGCGGAGCAUAUCCCGCACAGAGGGAGUUCGAUGACAGAUCUCCCCAGAAUCCGUAUGACGACUAUGGCCAGCAUGCGAACCAAGGGUUUGCAAUGGGUCCUGGGCGGCGCUCACCUCCCAGAGGGAGCCCCGGUCCCAGGGGAAGCCCCGGCAUGCGAGAUGGGAAUUACGGCGGUGCCAGGCGAUCGCCCGCCCCACCGGCGGACUAUGGUUACGAUGCGAGUUUCAGCAACGACGCGUAUCCGCCUGGGCAUCACCAGCAAAACUACUCGUCCGAGUCGAGUCGGCCCCUGAGGGCACCCCCUCAACGACAGUACUCCCAUGACGUGCCACCAUCUCCGACAAGCCUCCAGAACAAUGCAGGGUUCGAUUUCAACUCCGGAUACAGCCGCCGAGGAAGUCCUGCAGUAGCCCAGCAGGAGCAGCACCAACCUCCACCACAGCCAGCAGCAUACCCGGGCUAUCGAGCAUACCAGCCGGCCCAAAAUCAAGAGGGCUGGAGCGGGCUAUAACCGUGACGACUGGGUUCAAGCAGCUAAAUAAAAAGGUGUAUGACUGUGGCUGGAUAUGACGACCAAAUCAACACCCUUUGUUUUCCCCCUAUGUGACUGCGCCAUCAUCAUU